AUGGGCAUCUGCGCGAGCUGUCUCGGACUUGAUCGGCAAGCUGCACGAGAGGCGAGUAUUCUGGUUAUGGCACCUCAGUAUGGCACCGUGACGCCCGGCGCGACACUGCCAGAGCCCGAUCCGGAAGAGCUGAGAAGAGAGCGCGAAGUGCUGGAGCGUAUCUGUGCCCAGACGUCCAACGAGCUCAUCGACGUCCUCCAUCACGACUCGAAACUCGCCAGCGACUACCCAUACCUCCUCAACAAACACUUCCCUCCCUCUUCAAGUGGCGCCUCGUCGCCCACAAGCACAAUUGUCGACGAGGAUGCCUGGCUUGCUGCCACCCAGCCUACAGAUCGAGAACUCUGGGCCUCGGUCAAGGGCCUCAACCCUGGUGAACUCAUUGUCGACCUCAAUCCCCCGAACCCUGCACCAAGGUGA